GCGAAAGAUGUGUAUGAAAUAUUGCUGUGUUUAUUACAUGUCCCGCCUUAUAAAAAGCUGACUCAACAGGAUGUAAGGUUUUUACAACUACAUUUUAUUUCUAUGUCAAAAGAAAUUCGCCACAAUCAUACGUAAGAGGGUACAGACAACAUAAAACGUAAGUAUUCAGCUGUGUAUGUAUAUAUUCGUGUUGUCAGACCCGUUACCAAGUAACAGAGGAAUCGAUAUACAAUAUUUCGUAUGCGAUUGUCGGUACCUUGUUCUCGUCAGUUAGCUCUUUUUUCUCAUACCCAAAUGUUCUUUUAUUUCAAAUCGAUUUCUUAUCAAGUGAUCGAUAUACUUCGGAGUAAAAACAAAAAAUGGCAUAUAAGAUACGGAAGCAAAAAAUUGCCGUCAAUUACAAAGUUAAAGAACCUAUAAGCAACUUUAAAAUAAGAGUCAAAAUCGUGCAGCAAAGGCCUUUGCUUGCAGAACUGCUCGAAAACGAAGGGGAUACCAGGGACUCGAAUUUUCUUAAAGAGGAGGAUCGUAUUUUUAACUGGCAGGAAAAAGUAUUUAGUCCAUUCGAACUAAGUUUUUACAGUGAAGAAACGAAUUGUCUGACUGAAUGUCAGAAAGCAUAUUACAGACAAAUCAAAGAGAAGAAUAUCGAGGGUUCUCAUCUUUAUACCUACACACAAAAUGAUUCUUAUUAUCUGGGUGACGAAUUGUUAACGAAACCUUAUAAGACAAAAUUGGCAAUUAAAAACCAAACUGCAUUGCCGGCUUUGCAAAAUCGUAAACCUUUCCCUGAAAGGUAUAAUAAAGCGGUUAUUGAUGAUGCACCUGACGAAACAAGGAUUCGAACGAAUCAUUAUCUUUACAUGGAGCGUUCUACAAUGUAUGUCAUGGUUGACUUAUCUGAACGAGAUAAAAUCUUAACACGCUCCGACGAGAAUACGGAAAUAGUGCUGUUCACGAUUACGUAUAAUGAAUUGCAUAAAAUUCUGACGGUAAAUCCCGACUUCACGAACGACCAUUAUUACACUAUCACGAAUUCCAGCGGCAUUCAAUUUAAUUAUUGGCUCGAGCAUGUUUCCGAGAAACAAUCGUCAUUGGAAUUACAGCAACAACAAAAUGAAUCGCGAAAAGAAAUUAAAGAACAUCUGAUGUAUAAAGAAGCAGAAGUAUUUCACAGCUUUCAGUUAGCAUCAUCAAAUGUAUAUAAAUUUUUUAUAAAAUUGGACAUUUUAUCAGCUCAUGAUUUCUUUUUUAAUGGACUUUGCAUUUCUUACUAUGUUGAUUUGCCAGAACAUUGGGGCACAAGUCAAGUUGAUAGAUUGUAUGGAAGAACUCAAAGAUGUAAUUUAAAGAAUAACUCUGCGUAUUUUAGUUAUGCCUCUGAAAUAUCAUUAGAUUUUCAAUCUGCAGCUAUGCUUGAUGCAAACAGUAUUUUACCAUCUUGGCCUCGAUUAUUGCUAUCAGUUACAUCACUUGACAACUGGUUUAGAUAUCGUACAGAAGGUUAUGCUGUUAUUCCUUUGCCUGUAUUACCUGGUUCAUAUAAAUUCAAUAUCCCAACUUGGCGACCAACAGGAAGUAUUAUCAACACCCUUAGAAGAUUUUUUACAGGUGGUACUUAUGAAUUGGAAGACAUAACUCACUGUAGUAUCCCAAAAGGACAUGAAGAUAAAAUGUUAAAUAAGUCAUACUUAAAUGUUACACCAAGUGGUUACAUUAAGUUAAAUAUGAAUAUCAUCCAUCAAACUCAUGGCUCAAUUAAACAAGAUGACCACUUAAAUUAUUUUCAGAGAUUGAGCACAGAUAAACUUAUGACUAAUAUAGACAAUAUUUUUGAACAGUUCAAAGCAGCCAGAGAACGUAUGUUACAAAUAAAAAAUUUAAACAUUUAAUUAUGUAAAUUUAAAUGAUUAAUAAGCUAUAAAAAGUGAUCUGUGAUGUAUUGUAAAUACUAGAUAAAGGAUAAUCUGUAAUGCAUAAUAUUUGAAAAUAAACAUUUUUUAAUACAUUUGUAAAAUGGUGUAGAAUAUCAUAAUUUCUUCCAAUAAUUAUUAUAUAUCAGUUUAAAUGUAAUAUCAGGAUAUUUAUUUUUAACCUACAAAUAUAUUUUGUCAUAUAUUGAUUGAUAUAGUUAAGAAUUGCUUUAGAUUCAUAGUACACAAUAUUUGAAUUAUUUCUUCCAUAUGUUUUUAAAUGAUAAUACACAAAAGGAAAGAUAAUAAAAUAAUUACAAAUAUAUACAUUCAAUACAACUGGUGAAUAUGCAAAAUUAUAGAUAAAUAUUUAUUUUAUAAAAACGUAAAAGUUUAUUAACAUUCACCAAAAUGUACUUUAGUCUUUUCCUUCUUUUUUAAUUUUUCAAUAGCCAUUUAUAAAAUAUUCCUACCAAUUCUUACCAAUUAUGACUUGUACCAAGUUAUGUAAUAUAAUAUGUAGUAUAUAUUUAUUUUGUUGCAUUAAAAUAACAUUAUAGAAUUCUCUGUUACCUGUUUUCAAAUGUAACAAUGCUACAUGAAAAUUAAAAAAGUGAGAAGAGUUUAACAUUUUUUCUAGAAAUCUGAUUAACAAUUAAAAGACUAGAGCAAAAGUGCAAA